GGAGCCAGCGAUCUUCUGCGGCUGUCCAUGGUCCUGUAGUAGAGCCAGAACGGGUCCGGGUACGUGCGCGAUGCAGCCAUAGUCACGCUCCAGCGCCCAAGACCAGAACGUUACCCGGAUCGUUAGCCUCGCAGCGCGCGCACUCCCCGACGGAAAGCUGUGUGGCUCCUGUGCCCAGCCUGAAGACGUGAGGCACCAUGACUGAGCAGCAGAGGCAGCGCUCUCUGUCCACUGCAGGGGAGUCCCUCUACCAUGUGCUGGGAGUGGACAAGGUGGCCACAAACGAUGACAUCAAGAGAUCUUACAGGAAACUGGCCCUGAAGUUCCACCCUGACAAGAACCCUGACAAUCCGGAGGCUGCGGAUAAGUUUAAGGAGAUAAACAACGCUCACGCCAUUCUGAAUGAUCCAACAAAGCGCAACAUUUACGAUAAAUACGGUUCACUUGGACUAUACGUGGCUGAGCAGUUUGGAGAGGAAAAUGUGAACACUUACUUUGUCCUUUCUAGCUGGUGGGCAAAGGCUCUGUUUAUAUUCUGUGGCCUGGCCACUGGAUGCUACUUCUGUUGCUGCCUGUGCUGCUGCUGUAACUGCUGCUGUGGGCGGUGUAAACCCCGGCCUCGGGAGGGCCAGGAGCAAGACUUCUACGUGUCUCCGGAGGACCUAGAGGCCCAGCUGCAAUCUGAUGAAAGAGAAGCUGGGGGGGAGCCCAUAGUACUGCAGCCAUCGGCGACAGAGACCACCCAGUUGACAUCGGACGGGCACUACUCCUACCACACCGACACCGGCUUCAACUAACGCCCCGCCCCCAGAGAUCCCGACUCAGGAUCCCGCCUGCUUUCCUGCUCCACCUCAGUGACACGAAAGAAAGAAGCAGCCCAUCUUUUCACUUCCGAAAGAGAGCCAUGCACAGGAGAGGGACCAGAUAGCAUGACCUAUGAAAAGAUUACAUCCCCGCACCUUACCUGUAUUCCCCAAUAUGAUGACAAAAACAGGUGUUCCCAUUCUACUUCUUUUUUAUUUCUUAAUCUUUUUGCCGUCUUUCAUCCUCAUGCAGUAGCAUGCACUACCUAAAUGUUCUUUACAUUUUGGCGACAUUUUAAUCAAUAAAGUCAAAUUGAGAGAUGGUGAAAGAACUGGAGGGCGGAGCUUGUUAGGUCAGGAGGUCAAUCCUUUAACUUUUGAUUUAGAAUCACUGCGCCACCUUCAAACAUCAGACGUGGAGGAAGUCUUUGGAUGUUUGUCUUUCGUGAGCCCCCCCUGAGUGUUUAUGUUUUUGACUAAUCAGAAGCAUGUGUUCGUUCCGAUGCAAGGCUUUGUUUGCAGACAGUUUUAAGCCCCCGCUGGCGUGAUGUUUCCUCUUUAGCUGUUGAGACGUGGUGUUGGACCCUAAAGAAGCUUUGCAGUUGGAGGACUUGCUGUUGCUCCUUCCAGUGUUUUUUUGCUGCAGCAGGUUGUUGUUUAUCAAAUCAGAUUUAGGAACAUUUUGUCUUUUUCAAAAAAUCACAAUCCAACGGUGCAGAUUUUAUUUUUUGUGAAUACUUUGUGGCUCGUUGAAGCUUCGCUUGAAACAGAAAGUCAAAGUCUUCAAAACCCAAAGACGACACUGCUGUCUGCUGCUGUUGCUUUCCUUUUCUGAGCUAAAAGGAGCUCCAGAUAGUCCAGCUGGCUCUGAUCAUGCUCUCUUUUAGCUGCAGCAGCAGAGGCCAACAUUUUUUUAAUCUGAAGUGAUAGUUUAAAUAAAAAAAAAAGAAAAGUGAAACCCUUUCAAGUAGCUUCUGUUUUUUUUUCAUCUGUUCGCCACAUCAGCUCAGAGAGAAUUUUGCCAUAAAUGACCAUGAACACAUUUGUCAGUUUCAUAGCGGCCAACGACGUGUUUUAAUGGUUUACAAUUGGUGAGCCCCUGUAGCCCACCCUCUUAACGGUAUGGAUGUUGACCUCUGUGACCCUUGUACGGCGUUUUCUGUAACCCCCCCUCCUCCCCAUGAAACAUAGAUGUUCCUGUCAUGGCUUUUUUUCAUUGAAAUAUUGAAGAAAUGCUACUGUAAAUGUUCUAAUCUGAAUGCACUGUGUGUUUAAAAAAAACUAUAAAGAAUUUAAGAUCAGGAAAUGUUUCCUUUAAAAAAAAAAAAAAAGACGACAUAGUAUAUAGUGUAUCUAUAGUGAAAUGGUUAUAUGAUGCAUUUUUUGUAUUUUACUUUAUUUCAUACUCUGUCAUAUUUCAAAUGAUGAUUUCCUUUCAUUUUAGCUGGUAUGGUGUUGUAAUAUAACCGUGGCAUUUUGCAAAGAAAUGGCUCUAUGGUUACGGUUGCUUGUACAUACACUUGGCCCACAUAAAGUAUAAAAACCUACAGUUUCUGUUGUAGCAUGGUAACCGUGUGUCUGGAAGAAAUAAGUGGAUCAUUGAUCAGAUUUGCUGUUGUUGAAUAAAUGUUCCUCAACAUUUUGA